AUGGCGUCCGACAUUGCGUCCCGCAUCAGGGCGCGCCUGUCGCGGCGUCGACACUCGACCACGGCGUCGCUGGCCAGCUCGACCCGCAGCAGCGCCCUCCUCGCCGACGACGCCGCCGGCACUCCGCGCCGCGAGCACUCGUCCAUGAGCCGCGCAAGCGCCCGCGACGCGCCCACGCUCUACAGGCAGGGCAGCAGCGGCUACAUCGUCGUGCCCGUGCCGGCGGUCGACGAGGCCCACGGCCACGGCGAUGGUGAUAGCGUGGGCGAGGGCGAUGCUCUUCCAGUGGCCGCCGUGCCCGCCAAGGCCGCUGUUCCAGGGGCUCAUCAGGCCCCCCAAGCGCCGCCGCCCCGGCACCACCAGCAGAGCCACCAACAGCCAGAGCAGCUCGACGGAGACCCGCAACAGGCAGCCCGAGAGGAUCAACCUCCGCCACAGCCAAAACCGCAAAUGGAAUCCUCCCAGCAUCUUCCUCCCCGACCAUCGUCCACUCCACCUCCUCCAUCCCCGUCCUCGUCGACCUCGCAAUCCCCGGCGACCACCAACGGCACCGCUGCGCGCUCCCGCCAUCUGUCGCCCGUCUCGCCCCCUCCGCCGCCGCCGUCCAACCCCCUGGCUGGGAGCUCCGCACUCCGCAGCAUCCACGAAUACUCGAUCCCCCGAUCCGUCACCACCGACGACAGCGACUCGCAGCCUCGCCAUGGCCACGAUCGCGACCACGACCAAGUAAGCGUCGCCUCCUCCGCCGCCGCCGCCGCACCUGCCUCUGGCAUUGGUGGCUUGCUUCCUGCCACACGCGUCCCCGUGUCUGCACCCGCGGACGGCUCGGACGCACCCCGACGGCAGAGCCUCUUCGCGAGCCGCCAGACGAGCCUCAUCCGCACGCUGCUCCACGGCUCUGGCGCUGCCAACAGCGGCGACGCAGCCGGAGACUCGGGCCAUCGACAAUCCAUCGACGUCAACAUGGUGACCCGCAAGAUCUGGGUCAAGCGGCCCAACGCUUCGGCCACCACCAUCACCAUCAACGAGGAGGACCUGGUCGACGACGUACGUGACAUGAUCCUUCGCAAGUAUGCCAACUCGCUCGGUCGGACAUUCGACUCGCCCGACCUCAACAUUCGCAUCUAUCCACGCGAUCAAGAAAAAGAUCGCCUCCUGGGCCCCGAGGAGCUCAUGGCCCGCACCCUCGACCGAUACUUCCCCGGUGGCCAGACGGUCGACGAAGCCCUCGUCAUCGACAUCCCUCGCCGCACACCCAAGCCCUCUCCGCGCGCACCGCCCGCCCCCGGCGCAGCGACCUACUACGUGACCGACGACGGGCGGCCUUCGGAGGCUGGCGAAGGAUACUUCCCUCCCGUCACGGCUUCCGUACCGUCCCCCCAUCUCGCGCACACUGUCCCCGUGCCGACUAAUGGCACAGUCACACACUCGAUCGCCGUACUUGGCACCGGCCACAUCCCUCCCAUCCCGUCGCCCGGCAGCACCCGCCCGCGCGUGCACAGAGAGCACCGCUCGGAGCGACCGAGGCUCGUUCGACAGCACACGGCGUCGCCCACAAUCGUAGGCGGCCACCCGGCGGCGACGCCUCCCGUCCCGAACCACGGUAUGCAGCAGCACAUGAACCCGCGGCUCCCCCACUCCCGAACUCAUUCCAACUCCUCAGAUCACCCGCCGCUGCCCACCGUCAAGUCGUCCAUGCCCAAGUCGCCCGGUCCGCCCCCCGAGGCCACGCCCGCCCGUGUCGCCACGCCCCCGCCGCGCAUCGCCUCGCCGCGGUCGUCGAGCGCCCGGCCAAAGAAGGUGAAGAAAGCCACGGAAUACACGCUGUCGACGUCGGCCUCCAGCAAGCUGCUCAACGGGUCGGUGCCACCGAUCAACGUUCUCAUCGUCGAAGACAACCCCAUCAACCUGAAGCUGCUCGAGGCUUUCGUCAAGCGGCUCAAGGUGCGGUGGCAGACGGCCAUGAACGGCCGGGACGCCGUGACCAAGUGGCGGACUGGCGGCUUCCACUUGGUUCUCAUGGACAUUCAGCUGCCCGUCAUGAACGGCCUCGACGCCACGCGAGAGAUUCGGCGGCUGGAGAGGGUCAACUCCAUCGGUGUCUUCUCCUCCACGCCAGGAGGACCGCCAGACGAAGCGACGGGCGGCACGCACGAGAUCAAGGACGGGGAUCGCCUGGAGAACCUUACAUUGUUCAAGAGCCCCGUCAUCAUUGUCGCCCUGACGGCAAGCUCGCUGCAGAGCGACAGGCACGAAGCACUGGCCGCCGGCUGCAACGAUUUCCUGACAAAGCCCGUCAACUUUGUCUGGCUCGAGCGCAAGGUCAUGGAGUGGGGCUGCAUGCAGGCCCUGAUCGACUUUGACGGCUGGCGCAAGUGGAAGGACUUUUCGCAGCAGGCCGAGGAGACAGAAGCGAGCAAGAAGGCAAUGGAGAAGGCAAAGGCCAAGGCUAAGAAGAACCGCGCCUCACUGUCUUCCUCCACCUGA